UUCUGGCUCUGUUAUUCUCCUGCCUUGCACUCGCGCUCCCUUUGUUGGGUUUUCGGUGGGAAGCGACCUGUCUCUCGCGGCCCCGACCGCAGCUCUCCCUCCGGUGUCGUUCAGCAGCGAGGGAGGGGCUUUCCCGAGGCGAAUGGGGUGACUUGAUCGUGGAUUUCUUUCCAAGUCUCGGCGCGGGGCUAUUUCCCCCGCACCCCCCACUCGCCCCUUCCCUCACCAUCACCUUUUUUGUCCCUUGCUUGCGAUGGUUCCCCAACUUGGUGGUGGAUGCUUGGCUUGCGCCGGCCUUUUCUACAACCUGUUGUUGUUGUUGCUUGCGUGAGCGCCGAGUCCAAUCGCGGGACACGGGCGUUUGAACGAAAGUAAACAAAAAGGGUUGGGGAAAAAGAAAGACCAAAUGGCAAAACAAUCUUCUGAUUUAAAUUCUGAAUGUGAGAGAGAAGGUGAACAAUUGCAGCCUGCUGAAAGGCCAGCUCAGCCUCAUCACCUUCGGCCUGGGGCCCCUACCUCCUUACAAACUGAAUAUCAAGGUAAUCAUUUGGGUGAACGGGACAGCUCAUCACCCGGUAGCCCUCAGGGACCACUGGCACCACCCUCCAGUCCCAGUCCAUUUGCUACCAGAUCCCCGUUAUUCAUGUUUGUAAGAAGAUCCCCACUGCUGUCCAGAUCCUCCAGUGGGUAUUUCUCUUUUGACAUCGACAGGAGUCCUGCCCCUAUGAAUUGUGACAAAGCAACACAGACUCCAAGUCCUCCGUGUCAAGCUAUCAAUCAUUAUCUAAGCGCAAUGGGUAAGCAAGAGCAUGCUUCCAGAUGGCAGUCACGGCCAAUACCUGAGGAUAUGCAGCCAGAAAUAUGGAUUGCACAGGAAUUACGGCGCAUUGGAGAUGAAUUUAAUGCUUCCUACUGUCCAAGAAGGGGUUUAUUGGAUUACCAGGGAGUAAAUCAUCAGAUCAUAAUUUUGCGCCUUUUGCAUUACAUCGUCCGCUUCAUAUGGAGAAUGCAGUGACUAGUGCUUCAAGAGGCCAUGACGAUUGUUUACUUGGCUCUAGCAACAAAGCCCACGAACAAUCUCUCUGGAUGCAGCUAAUAGCCAUUCCUGACUUUGGGACAUCCAGUAAAUUAAAGGAGCAAGAGGACUCCAUAUUAGAGAAUUAACAAAUUGUGAUGGACUUUUGGAAAUAGGUCAACAUUGUUAGAAACAAUAGAGCUGACACCAUUUUGUUGAUGAAACUUUUUUUUAAAAACUGCUAUAUAAAGCUUUUAAGAAAAGUAAUUGAAUCAUGUAUUCGCAUUAGGAAAUAUGUAGGCUGCUCUUCUACCUUACAACGGAAUUGACUGAGCCAGCUACUUUUGUAAAGCUGCCUUAGUUUUUAUAUUAAAGACAUAUUGUACAGCUUUUUAAAGAACAAAUCUUCCCAAGUAGUGAGAGGCCAGACUUUGGUAUUAGGUCCUCCAUUCAUUCCAGAUGACUUCCACGCAGAAGAGCUCAUGAUCAUUAAAUGAAGUUGGUGGAGACAAGAUGGAAAGAUUGGAAUUGAUACUUCCGGUUAUUCCUCCCUAAAUUUCUGCCAUAAAAGUCAGCUGCCUUUGUGCGUCUACAACAGAAGGAAUUUACAUAGAACAUGUACCUGUCUGCUGUGCAAGAACCAGAUUGGAUCUUUCUUUGUGUAGAGCUUCUGCCUCUUGCAGUCCAGAGGAAGAAAUAUUGAAGUUGCUUUGAAAGUUGAAAUUAAACUGUGAAAGUUUAAAUGGUCCAAAUAAUUACACCAGGUUGCCUUUUAUAAUUUUCUUCCUAUGUUAUUUGUAUAUAUUCUAUAGCAUAAACUGAUGUGGGGAGGGAGGGGGGGCAAUGUAGCAAUAAGUUUUUGCAUGUGGGUGAAAGCAGUUCCUACACCUGUGCAAUAUUGCCCCACGUUUUUAGAACAGGGUCCUACUGCAUGAUUUCUGGCACUGUUUUGAUCCUCAUUAUGGUAUUUUACUGUUGUUUAAAUCCAGUUUGGGUGUCUGUAGUUUUUUUUUUAGACAAGCACUCUGGAUUUAGUUAUUGCUGCAUUUAUUCUUAAAAUAAAUUAUCUGGAGGGAUGAGUUAGUAACCAUAAUGUGGAAUGUACAAGGACUACUGACUCAGUGGGUGGAUUUGGGGUCGAUAGCAGCACAGUAUUCAAAUUGAUUCUGAGGGUAAAAAUUUCAAGAGAGAUGGAAACAAGUUUUUUUCUAAGUUUUAACAGGAGAAUUUCUGAAACCUUCUCCCCACCUCCACCCCCAAGUGCAGCCUCCAUAGCCUCAUGUAAGAAAGUAGCUGCUUUUACCUACUAUGUUGGUGAGGACUACUUACAGUUUACUUAGAAGAAGAAAAAAUCUUGAACUGAAGGUAAUUAAUUCCAAAAAGCUGAAUUGUGCAACCUAAAUAAUCAAAGCGAAUUGUUUCUCUGAGCCAGAGAUAGUAGUAAAAAUAAUGAUUCCCUAACUGUAGACUGAAGGUCUGUCAUAUGCCAUGGGAGAGACUGUGUGUCUGCAAAAAGACUUGCCAUAUUUGAUGUCACUUCGUCCCCUUUGUGUGCCUAGAGAUGGAAACAAAUACCCUUCUCAGGAUAAGGGUUCUCUCAUAAAGUUCCUGGUUUGGGUUCUCUUGCAUUUGCCAGGUACAGAAGCCUUCAUGAACAUAGGAAGCUGCCUCAUUUUGAAUCAGAGUACUGGUCUGUUUAGGUUAGUGGUUAUUGGCAGGGUCUUUGCCAGCCCUUCUCAGAGAUGUACAACACACACAGACACACACAGACACAGACACAGACACACACACUGUGUAUGCUGGACUACUUACUGAUUUACCAUUCUGUCUCAAAGCCUGAGCAUGAUGGCAGCAGGUCCAGUUCACUAUGGCAUUUUCUCUAGUUGAAAGGAAGAUACCUCUUUGUUACUUUAGGCACUGAUUGGAAACCUAAGUAUUUAUGAACUGGACCCAGUAAAGACAACACACUCGGUGCUCCAGAGAGCAACCCUUGAAAUAAUUUAAAAGUUUAAACAGACCAUUAAAAGGCCUAAUGAAAAUCUUUAGCUUUGCUUGCCUUUAAUGUUUAUUGGAGAGAUGAUCAAACAAUUCUAGUUUUUUUUUAAUUGGAGGGAAGUCAGUUGCUUCCAAAAGGAUUAAGAUUUUGCUUUAAAACAAGGAGAAAGUUCAGAAUAUUGAACUUAUAAAAUUAGUAAAUUAUGACAUGCACAUUAAGCUUAAUCUUGAAUGAAAAUGAAUCAAAAUAUAGCAAGUAAAUUUCUAAUGUAACAAUGGUGGUUAGCAGAUGUGCAUGCCUGACUUGUUUUAAAAAGGCUUUUGCUUCUGAGAAAUCUUUUGUGACUCAUCAUAGUUUAUUAAAUAUAAAAUGUUUAAAAUGUUAUAGGUUAUAGUAAAAUGUAAAAUAAUAGAUAUAGCUUGGGAAAACUCAAAACUGAAAGCUACAGUGAUUUAAUAAAAAUUAAAUGAGCAGUAAAGUUGUGCUGCACCACAUUAUGGUCAGGUAAUUCAGAUGUCAUUUUUAAUUGGCCAUGUGAGGCAACUGAAAGUGAGUAUAACAGAUUCUGUCCCUUUUUCUCUUUGCCAUAUAAUUUUAUCUGGUCCUUGAUUAGCUAUAUAGACUGGUACAGACUAUAAAUAUGAUUCCAAAUACUGUGCCCCCCCUUCUGGUUUCACCAGCACCACUGAAAAUGUGUAACUAACCUUCAAAAAGUUGCAGGCUUUGACUUCUCUUGAAGCCAUCUAAAAUGCAUUUGUAGAAUCUAGACUAUGAUUCUCUGUAUUAUCAACACCACUUCUGUGUGAUUUCUCUGUAUUGUUCCAUAAAUGUUCAAUUCUUGUGCCUGUCUGUAAUAUGUGGAAUGUUAGUCCACCUAGUGGAGAUUCACCUAUUCCCUGUAUGUAUUAUUUUAACCCAUUGUUUCAGAGAUCUAGUGAAUUUUAAAACACACACCAAGAACUCCCAACAAGCAAAAUGUUUCACAUCCUGGUGAAAGUUGUCCACAGAACUGCCUGGUAGUGGAGACUUAAGGACCGAAAGCAGUGAAAGUGCUAACCAUCUUUUGGAAAUGAGGAUGUUAAGAGUGUAUUAUGUUAAAGUUCCUUACCCAUCUCAACAGGCAAAUGUCUUACCAAAAUGACAGGGUUGAUUAGCUGGUGCUGUGUGCAUUGCUCUCAGUUUUAAGAACAAUCUCAACAACUUCGUGCCAUCUUCUUUAGUCCCAUCUUUUAUAGUGCUGUGCAGCACUUCAGAUUCAAUUUCAAAAAAUGCUUGAGAAUGCACAGGGGAGAGGAAUAUUGCCCUUGACUGCAACUCCUUAAAGCAGCUGUUGCCUGUAUCAUGUGACAGGUGUGAGAUUUAUUGAAAAAGAUGCAGAUGCCUUCAGAAGUGCUAAGGUGCAUUCUCCCAUGUGUUCUGUAGCACAUUUUUAGGAAGAAAGCCAUGUUAGUCUAUGGUAAUGAAAACUCGGAAAAGCUCCAGUAGAAACUUCUGAAUAUCACGUUAUUAAAAGACAUUGACUUUCGUGAGCUGCAGUUACUUAAUCUGAUGCAUCAGUGACUAGAUUGAUACAGGAUUUAAAUUAGAGUGAGGUGGUGAGAAGAGAGGGGGGAAAAACAGGUUAUGCUGAAACUCUCUUAUCUCAUAGGUAACCUGUGCACCUGAUGAAGUGACCUUUAACUCAGAAGAUUAGGACUUUUAAUAUAAUGUGUUAGCCAGAAAAGGUGCUAUUGGAGGCCUUCUGAUUUUUUGAAGCACCAUUUGGAAUUGUAUUUGAAGCACUGCUGACAUCCAGCUAUAGGCACACAUGGUGUUGCUUUACAUGCUUCGCUUCUGCUGAAUCAAGCAUUUCUUUGGUAACUCUACAGGAGGGAGAUUCCUUGUUUGAUAAUGUCGGUCCAUAACUUUCCUAAUUUGAUUUGUUAUUUUAAUUUCAAAAUAGAAAUGACAAUGCUGUUAAUAGGAAUUUGAUCUGUAUAUUUGCAUGUUGCUUGCAAAAUCUGCUUCAGUGGAAGAGGAAAGGAAAUGGAUUUAACAGCUAGCAUUAUGCUGCUCAGAUUGAUACUGUGCAAAAUGCCAGAAAUUCUUUCUGUUCCAACUACAGUGAUGCUGAUAUACAACAUUAGACACUUUUUGAUUAAGAGUUUGCUAUUAUUCAGUGUGUCAUAAGAUCCUGUAUUUGAAUUUGACUAUAUUUUGAAUGGAAAUAAUUACCAGAAGUAUCUUUUAGCACACUGGCUUAUGUUGGUUCCCAACAUGGACCCAGGAUAAUGUGCCUAGACUUCAUCUUUCUUUACUCACCAAAGCAUGAAUGAAACUUUGCUCCUGCUUCUGUUCCUGGAGCACUCCAGUGUUAAAAUUAAAUCCUUCUGUAGACUGGGAUCUUGGGAGUUCCAUGCAUGCACCUUAUGUUGGAAGACUCCUUUGUUCCUUACAUGGAUUGGAGCAAAUGCUGCUCCUUAGGAUACCCUAAUUUGAGCAGUGGCUUUCUCUUAGGGAUGGGUAUGUGGAAAUAAGGAGCUGCUAUACAAAGGGGGGCUUUGAAAAGCCCAGUGCAUGAGCAGUGGCGUCUGUGCUGCCUUUUUGCAUCCCUUGUCCUCCCCUCUCCCCCAAUUUCUUUAAAGGCUUGGCUGGCCCAGUGCCUUGAGAUGUGUACACAUACAUAUGUGUUAACUGAUAGCAUGGACGCGCAAUGAGCUUGCUGCCAUGGCUUUAGGCAAGCAUUAUAAGCCGAAUACAUAUUUUAAAAAUUCUGUGAAUUAUAACAUAAACAGUAAAUGACACGAUAUUGGCACUGUGUGGCCCAAACCCAAGCUUUCUUUUUUCCGCAGACAUUUAUCUAUAUAGAUACCUAUAUCUAAAAACUAAAUCAAAUAAUACCCAUUUGGUUUUCCAGUUCACUGCAGGUUUUGUGCCUUGACAACCCCACUGUGAACUUAGUAAGACUUGUGGGUUUUUAAAAUCUUGAUGUAAUUUAACAUAUAUAACCUUUUUGUCUAUUAGAGGAUUUAAAAAAUAAAAUAAAAUCCCCUUUUAAAUAGUCCUGCCAAAACAUUUUUAUGAAGAAUUUCCUUUGGUUGUGGAGAAACCAGAUAUAAAUUUCUUCCCAGAGAAUUACUAAGACUUUCAAUGCUUUUAUUUUCUUUCAAUGAUUGUAAAUAUUUGAAUAUUUAUUAGAUUAGAGCAGUUCUUCUCAUCUGAGCCAAAUGUUACCUGUGUGCAAUGUUUCCUCUUUUCUUACUAUUUCAUGUAAGAUUUUUUUUGUAUAGCAGCAGAAAUUUCUCUAAACUUCUUUUUGUAAAAUUGAACUUGUUAAAUACUGUAGGUUCCCCUUUUCUUUGUAAUUAAUGCACUCUACUGUUUUAUAAUGCUGUAACUUGUAGAAACGUUGUAUAUUUAUUUUCUGCUUAUUUAAGUUCUUGUAAAGUCUUUUUUUUCUUUAAAUUUUACUUAGCAUAUAUGAAAAUAGUGAUUGAUCAGUUUAGAGCACUGUCUACUAGUUUGAGAUACUUGGCGCUAUUUUAGAUAUUAACCCCCUUAUUUUCUCUCAUUGCUCUUGCUUUCUUCUCUGUCUUGUUACAGCGUUUAAGUAUAAAAUGCAAGCAGAGAGUACAAUUCCAUUGUGUCAUUAGGAAAGCCCCAUGCUCAAGGUUUGAAACAUUUGUAUACGUUCUUGUGGGGACUGAUGGUGGUUUUCAAAGAAUUUUUACUAAAGCAGCAAGCAGUGAAUUAGCCUUCAAAAAU